AUGUGCAUUUUGACUUAUCGCCAGUACAGUUGUGGGCAUUUGAGUGCGGUCCCAAGUAUACAGGAAUGUAAUCGGACUAUGAAGUCUAUUUUCUGUGAGCUACGAGACAUUAUCCGGAUUGACGAAGAGUGCCCCACAUGUAUUGUUCAAGAAGAGCAAAAGAAUAAAGUGGGUGCGGCCAAACUUACUAGUUCAGAAUCCAGAUCUAGAAGCAAGUCACCUACUUUGCUUGCGGCAUCUUCCGUAAAUAAAAUCACGAGCACUGGAGUAAUUCGUGAUGGCAAAGCCUCUAUUGGGCAGCACAAGUAUGAUGUGUCUUACAAAUUUAAGCCUCUGUGCAGAUGUCGCAACAUGGACCCGUAUGGGCCGUUUGGACGCAAACCAAUGCCAAGCCUGUGCCGGAAUGUACCCAUUAGAGGUGCAUCACCCUUAUCAUUAGAGGCACGAGAAAGAAGGCAUUAUGGAUCUUUUAGUAAUGAAGAUGAGAAUGAAUCAUCUAGUGAAGAAGAAGGAGAAAAAAGGGAUGGAGAGGAAUAUGAUGAUGAUGAUGACAAUCAAGUAUACAUGUUUUCUUGGGAUGAAGGGUCACUGGGUGAAGAAAAAAAAUGUAACGACGAAGAUGAUGAUGAAGAUGCGCCGCUUCCUAUGACUUUGGUAUUUCGAUGUGCAACGGCGUCCAAUAUUCUGGGGAAGGACAAGGAAUUAAAAAAACCGGAACUUACAGUUACUACCAAACAAGUAUCUGAGCCCAAGAGAGAGAUGUCCAAAUUGAUUGAGACUCCAGAUGAAGUUACUAACGUUCCAUUUUCGGAACGUCGAAGGUAA